AUGGCGAUGUGUAAAAGUGCUUCUAAGACAUCUGUACCGCGUCGAGGGAUCCGUCUAAUUUUAGUGACAUUUGGUAUUAUUUUAGUGGUGAAUGGGUUUUAUUAUAGCCAUGAACAUGUGACAGGUAUUGAGAUUUCCAAAGGAAACGUUUCUCGUUUCAUCUUGAAUGACCGAGAAAAUGGAGCACAAGGGAACUACACUGAGACAACGAUUAAGCAAGAUGGUUACAAGCCGGACUUGCCUGUUUGUUAUACUAAUUAUUCAGCUUUAAAAGGACGUGAAACUCUUACAAUGACGUCACAAUCUUUAACUUCACUGGAAUCCAUUUUUCCCAGUAGCCAUGUUGGUGGACGUUUUAAGCCUACUGGGUGCAGAUCAAAGUCUAAGAUAGCUAUUAUCUUACCUUUUAGAGAUCGAGAAACUCAUCUAAAGAUUUACCUUUUCAAUGUUAUACCGAAGCUCAUAAGACAAAAUGUAGAUUUCACGAUCUAUGUUGUUGAACAGGCUCCAGGAUCUCAUUUCAAUCGAGGAAUGAUGCGGAAUGUUGGAUUUGCCGAGGCCAGUAAAAUAGCUGAUUAUGAUUGCUUCAUCUUCAAUGAUGUCGAUUCUAUCUUUGAAGAUGACAGAAACAUAUUCAAGUGUGGAAAUGAUAAUAAGAUACGCCACCUGGUGACGGGGGUCGAUGUUUUCAAUUACAAGUUAAAAUAUUCUAUAUUGGUCGGUGGAAUCAUAGCAUUCACUCCACAACAAUUUAGAAAGGUGAAUGGCUACUCCAACUUUUAUUUUGACUGGGGUGCUGAGGAUGAUGAUAUCUAUUACAGAAUACAGAGAGAAAAAAUGGAAAUAGAGCGCCCAGACAACAAAACAACAGUUGGAUUUAUGUCCACAUUAAAACAUACACGAGACCCAGAGGUUCAUUACAGGUUUGAUAUUUUAUACUCGAGGAAUAACGUAACAUCACAAGUUGAUGGCAUAAACUCGUUAAAAUACACAGUAAAGAUGAUAACCUCUAAAAAACUUUUCACUUGGAUUUACGUGUCUGUGGACGAGAAUGAAGUAUUGCAGGGCUUGGAUAGUCGCAUUCGAAGGAAAAUCUCGGCAUACAGAGGAGCAAGAACAAAAACAUAAUGACUGUCCUGUCC